UGUGGAUUACACACUUUGCAGCUUUGUUUAACACACUGUGUCAUUGAUAACUACCUUUAAGAAAAGAAAGAAACUGGCAUCCCAGAUGGAGGAUCACAAAGAAUUUGGGUGUGAAGAUGAGGAGUGCAGGAAACAGAAUGAGGAAAGCAGAAAGGGGCAGAAAGAUAGAGGCUGGGACGAUGAAGAGAUGGUGGUCGAUGGAAGCAUGGAGGAGUGGAAUGGCUUCAUUUCCAAAGAGACAACUUCAGUGCCAGCAGAGAAAGACGUGUUGGUGAGCAAAUGGAACCCGGGUGAACCGGUAACUCCCCAGCAAGUCCUGCAGCUGAACAGUUACACAAAGGAUUACUUGUGUUUACUUGAAGACAACAUCUACAACGUAAACUUCUCUCGCUUCAAGAUCAGAGAUCUGGACAGUGGAGCAGUUAUCCUUGACAUCAAAAAGCAUCGUCCAACAGAAAUUCAGGACAUCAUUGAAUAUGAUACCAGCAGAUUCAUCCAGUACCACUUCUCUCCUGCUUUCCUGGCUCUCCGAGAGAUUGGAGCUACGUUGGAGUUCACAGUGGGCAGCAAAGCACUAAACCACUUCCGUCUGAUCGAAAGACAUUUUUUCAGAAACCUGGUUCUUAAAACCUUUGACUUUGAGAUUGGCUUCUGCAUUCCAUACAGCAGGAACACCUGUGAGCACAUCUACUGCUUACCUGACCUGGAACCAAAUAUCGUGGAAGAAAUGAUUGCCAGCCCAUUUGAGACGCGCUCGGACAGUUUUUACUUCGUCAACAACAAGCUGAUCAUGCAUCACAAAGCAGAGUACUCCUUUAGUCCACAGACACAAGACAACUCAUUUGGCUGUAACAGUAUAAACAAUGUUGGACUGUAAUAUGUUCAUUACUUUGUGCUCAACUUUUACUAUUGUACAGUUUUAAACCAAACAGGCAGCUCUACACCUAUUUGGUUUAAAACUGUACAAUAGUAAAAUGCUGACUCUUGUCACAAAUGUAAGUCCUUCUUGAUGGACAAAACAACCAGUUGUAGAAAGCCAAGACAUCAAUGAGCUGAAUACAAUAAAAAAAACACACCUGUAUGUCUUUACAAAUUUAAAUGAUCCGUUAACCAAUUCCAAGAAGUAUAAACCUGCUCUUACAAUAUUUCAUAAGUAGUCUCAGAUCAUUUUACAAAUCAAAUAAUUGACACAACUGUAUAAAGUCAACUUUCUGAUCAAGUCUUUAUUAAACUCCAUUAUGGUUAUGUGCUAUGCUAACCUGACCUUGUUUAAGAAAUCCUUUACUGUCCCACAAUGGGGAAAUUUAGGUUCAGACUCAAAGAAACUAGAUGCAUAAACAUUAAGAAUCCGUGGAAAAUAGUGUAACAGAAUUAUAGAAAAAUACUUCUACUGUUACUAUUUAACUUUAAUAUUGUAAAAAUAGAUUUCUGAGUCAGAACCUGUAACACUUUGACCCUGUAUUCAAAAUGUAAGUUCAGGCAUUAUGAUUUAAUUAGCAAGCAUGAAAUACCAAAAUUACUUCUAUUUAAAAAAA